AUGACAGCCGUGCAUUCCCGUUGUCCCGUUAAAAAAAAACAACUGUCAACCAUAUUCCGUUGUCAAAUCAAAACCAGCGGUGAUGAUGGUUUUUGCGUUUACCUUUUAUUUUAAAACAAAAUUUAGUGUUUAAUAAUUGAUUGGUUUUCUGUAGGAUUUGGCUAAUGUUCAGUUAAAUAGUUCUAUGUAAAAUAUAAGCUAGCAGAAAGAGUACAUUCACAGUGGAAAUCAAAAGAAAUGCUUCCAGCAACUGGAUUAUUCCGCUCCAUAAAUUGCCCCUUUUUCGAAAAAGAUUUGUGCUCUCGUCCAUUCUGCCACUUCCGGCACUUAAAACCAGAAGCGCCAGUAAGAGCAACUUACAGUGCAACACCGAGGAGUCUUUUGAAUCAGAAUAAUGCUUCAGAAGCUUCAUCACUUCAAGAUGGUCCAGUUAAAAAGAAACCGAAGUUGGAAUAUAUUCCGAUGCCGACCAUUCUGGCGGCAAAAUAUGUUCCUAGCACUAAGGCCAGUACCGUCACUAACAAUGAUCAUGAUAAAGUUGAGGAACCACAAAUCGAAUGCAAGCCAGAUGAGGAUUCCGUCGGGAAACAUAAGACUGAGAAUGCUAUAGAUGCUGCUGAGCCGGCCCCGAAAAUUAAGGAAAUAGAACUGCCUGGUAGAACUAACGGGCAGAAUGGUAAAGAACUGAGUCAUGAUGACAACGAGUCAGUGUUUCCAACCGUGCCCAAAGAGGAUAAAUGCAAAUCCAAAGAGUCGGAGGAAACAUCUGCGCCGGAUAUUUCACUGGAAGAGAAAGCAAAUAAGCUGAAAGAUUCAGCAAAGAGUAGUUCUACUCAAUCAACCCAUCAUAAAUCUAGCCAUGCAGGUGAUAAACAUAACAAGGUCAGGAGUGAUGAGAAAAAUCACCGGCAUGAUCACAAAAGUCACCGAAAAGAUUCGGAACGCAAACCAAGUUCAUCGAGCAGCAGUGAAAGAAAGCAUUCGUCAUCUUCGUCCCAUCGAGACGAAAAACAUAGGUCAAGAUCUGACCGAGAAGAAGAGCGUAAUAAGGAUCGUUCACAAUCGAAGCACAAAAAUAGUUCUCGGGAUAAGGAAAAACAAUCAGUUAAGGAGAAGGAUAGAACAAAAUCUUCGGAUAAGAAUAAGGACAAAGACAGGAAAACACACACCGAUAAGGAUAGGUCAAAAUCAUCUCAUAGUUCUAGCAAAAGUUCAUCGAAAUCAAGUAGUAAAAGCAGUAAACAAUCGUCUUCGUCAGGUAGUAAGAAAAAACCCUCAGAAUCAGCCACCGCGUCUUCAUCCUCAUCUUCUAAACCAAAAGUUGAACUCGCAGACGAGAUUUACCGCGACCUGCUGGAUAAUCCUCCGAGCGACAUUGACGUCGACAGCGAUGAUGAUGAAGUUAUGAGGCAAUGCAGAAUGAUCUUCGAAGAGUAUGAAGAAGAACCGCCGCCGGCUUCGACGGUUCAAGCAGUACCAAAAGCAGCCAAAAGAAAGCCGGACCCGAAAAACAGUGAUGGUGAUGUCGAACUGAUCGAUAUGUUUGCCGAAAAGUUUUACGACGAAAACCGGAAGAAGCGAGUCGCACAUGAGAGUACUUCGAAUGUAAAACCCAGCAGUAGUACGCAGCCUGCCCCGACCAAGAGAACCAACCACGUACAAGAAGCUAUGCGAUCUGUAUAUCAACGUCAAGAAGCCGUCCGGAAGCAGCAAGAAGAAUUUGUAGCCAAACAGCGGUUCGAGGAGGAUAACAAGAAACGCAUUGAGGAGGAUACCCGAAAGGCAAUGAGUAAACCCAUAACACCUAGACUUAGUAACGGGUCACCACGAUCGCCGGUUCUAAGUCCAACAGCUGUGACUAGUCCUCCAAUCACCGAAAAAUCGCCGGUGUCCCCGAUUAGUACCACUAGUUUCUACAGCAAACCACCAGACACAUUAGUUACCACUACGCCAAGAAGUCGCUUCACACCAGCUGUGAACGUGUUAGCUUUUCAAAAGGCCAAGGAAAAAAUUGAACAAUUGAGAAAAAUGAAAGGCAUUGGGACACCAGCGCAAACUGCCCCCAAAGGGAGUGGUCGAGUGGCUCAUACCGUUCCGACAGUAGCAACGCCACCAGCAGCGUCUACUUCUUCUGCAAUAAACACCGCUCCUCCUCCAUCUCAACCAACAGCACCAACGAAAGCGGCUCCACCCAUGCUGGAAGCGGACUCGACCAAAAUUUCCUUCAACGUACGGAUGCAGUAUUACAAUCUAAUGAUUAAGCACUGUUUGAACAUCUACAGCGAUUGUGAAGAUGCCUACGAUCGAGCACAAACUGAAGAACUGGCCGUAAUGAAGAAGUGCAAAACUCCGAUGAUUUACAAAAGUAGCGCUCUUUUGACCAUUAACAAACUGCGCAAGGAAGCGGUGGAUUCGGGCAGCGAAACUGCGGAGAAGAACAAAACUAUAUCUCACGAUGUGAUUUUGGCUGGUAAAAUGGCUCACAACAUAUCAUGGAGUGUGAAUAAAAAACUCAAAACGGAAGUUAAAUCGGCCUACACGAUUGAUAACGCACCAUCAACGAUGGCAUACAAAAUGAUUUACGACUGCAUUUUGACUGACGAUCAGCUUAAGACGAAUGGAUUCCCACGUCCGACUGACAUCCCAGGAAAGGCAAAAAUACACACCGCGAAACCAUCUCGUCCUCCGAACGAGGAGGAACGCUACUGUUCAAGGUGUUCCAAAGUGUUCAAUUUGGAAACGUACGAGGAACCAGCCGUUGACUCCUGCAACUACCACGCGAAAAGUACGUGCUACCGUAGGGGCUUUGCAGAUAACCUGCACAGCUGUUGCCAACAACCUGCUGGAACGGCUGGUUGCAUGUAUGCCAAUUAUCACGUGAGCAGCUACAUCGACUACGAUGAUCUAACUGGAUUCGUCAAAACUAUCGAUCCGGCCGAGGGUUACGUGCCGUCGAAAAAGGACGUCUUUGCGUUGGAUUGCGAAAUGUGCUACACGACGGGUGGAUUGGAACUCACUCGCGUUACUGUUGUGGACAUUAACGAGAAAACAGUUUAUGACGCGUUAGUGAAGCCUACGAACAAAGUGGUUGACUAUAAUACGAGAUGUAUUAUGUUCCUUUGAGGACAAGGUUGGAAGAAUGCCGACGGAGGCUACUCUCCACCUCGCAAUUCCAAGGGCACAAUUCGGGCCUUACAUCUGACAGUGAACGUUGAACCGUGCCAAACUAGCUUACCGCGGUUCUUGAUCUCAGGGUGGGCAUUGCGUACUAAGGAGUAGUCACCGUUACUCGUCUUUCCAACAUAAGAACAACAACAUCCGCAAGAAUUAUGCAUGUAAGAAACGUAGCAAUAUCAAAUGAAUUCGUUUUUUUAUUAAUCAAUUUCAACAUCAUUUUGUUAUUGCUGUGGUACGAUAGGGGCUCUAAAAGCAAAUUUUUGCAUACCGGAAAAUAUUUACGGAAUUGACGAAAAACAUAUUCGGGAAGAGAAUCCGCGCUCCACUUUUUGUUUUAUACGAGCGAGUUGGUGCAACUUUGAGCGGGCUUGGUAGUCAUAUGGCUACUGCUUCUGCCUCAUACGCAGGAGGUCGUGGGUUCAAUCCCAGGUCCGUUCCAUUCUCCUACUUUGUAUCUUUCUCUUUAUUUCUCAUGUUCUAGCAAUCGCUAGAACUGGAAAUGGACUUCCAUACCGUUUCCAUUACUAUUCCUAUACCUUAAACUUGCAUAUUCUAACAGUAAUCUGCUAGAAUUGGAAAUGAACUAUAGAGCUUUGUUUCCUACAUCCAAUUAGAAAUUCCAUUAGAUACCUUCUCCUAUCUUAUCACAUUGGCAGCUCGUUAACCAAGACGGACCUCUGCCUCUCCAACCUACCCAGAAAUUCCAACAAAUUCCGCAUGAACUCGUGGCAACUGCAGAGGUAUAUUAGGCUUGCAGUGUGCGAGUGAUUGCAUCAUCAUUUCCUCCCCCUUCCCUACAUUGACUUGCAUUCUGACGUGGCAGGCGCCAGUAUGACCUAACAAAUGAGAUCACCAGUACCUGUACAUUGAAGAUAUGUGUGCUAGUCCCAAGCAAACAUCUGUUGGUUCCCUGUGCAAGAACAGCUGAUCUGGUCCCAAUGGAGUAGCAACUACGAGCAGUCAAUCAAGCUCAAGCUAUACGAGCGAGUUGGUGCAACUUUGAGUGUCCCGUUUUGAAGCCAAAGUGUUAGGGUGGAAUGACUUCCUCUGACUCCAGGUGUCGGUUUAACCGGGCGAGGAUUACUCUUUCGAUGACUUUACUUAGGCUUCUCACGAGACUUAUCGGUCGGUAGUUAUUGGGGUUGGUGCUAUCCUUAUUAGCCUUCGGGAAGGCUAUUUCAUUUGGAAUUCUUCCAUCCGAUCGGAAAGUAACCUAUGACUAGGCAUGCGUUGAAGAUCUUGGUCAAAGCGAUUACCCCUUUUUUGGAAUGUGUUUAAAACAGCUGUUCCAGAUUUCGUAUUUCCCGGGAGAUUUCGUAUUUUCAACGUGCAAGCGAUUGACUUAACCUCUCUCGGUUAAGAGCAGCAUUAGGAGCGAUAGGGCUUGCCGUACGAAUUUGAUCAAUUGCUAUUUUCACGGCAGCCAGAGUUCCAGGAUCGCCCGGUUAAUCAUUGCUGUGGGCAGCAGCAAAUGCUGUUGCGAAUGCUUCAGCUUUAUCGAGGGGGGGGGGGCUGUGUUUCACCGUGUUCCGGAUGUUGCAGUUCAACUUCCACAAUUUGUUGCUGCCGUUAUUUAAGUUCUUCAGCAUCGACAUAGUUGGCGUUCAUAGUAUGUUGCUAAGCAGGCGUAUCUUGUCUCAACCGGGUAGUACACAAUCCCGAAGGUUUCAAUUGCUCACGUAGAAGUUUCCAGUUUACAGUAAGGAAUUCCGUUCCUCACCAGAAUCGCCACUCCUCCCCCAUAGGUGGCGUUCGGCGGUUUUCGAUCCGCUCUCACAAUGGUGCACUGAUUUGUUGAGCUGCGGCCAAGUUUCAGUAAUUACAGCGAUGUCGAUUCCAUGUGUCUCGAGGAGGUGGAAAAAUCCACAGCCUUGUUCUGGAUGGAAUGGCAUUUUGGCAAUUCGAAAAUCUUGCAAAGACCUCACUAGCGAGUCUAAUGAACUCCUCAACGGAAAACAAGUUAGAUAAACCAGGAUGAGGGCUUUCCUGGACAACUUGAGAAUACAUAGGAUUCGAGUUUGUUAUGCUGCCUAGCAGAUGACUGAGGUCGCCAUCCAGCACCGUGGAGGUAGGUAAAGUAAUGGUCGAAACCUUUGCAGAGUUAUUCCUGGGGGACGGUCUCGUCCUCUUCUUUGUAGUCAAAUCUUGUAGCUGCUUGAGUCGAGUCGGACAGCCCGUGUAGUUCGCUGUAUGGUUUUGAUUUCAGUUGGCACAGCGGAUUUGAUAACGCUCCUUGUGGGCAGUAGCGUCGCCCUUUGCAUAUAGAGAGUACUCCGAUAUCUGAUGACGUUCACCGCAUCUCACGCACUUUGUUUCCAGGUUCCGUGCGUAUAGGACUUAAGUGGCGAAGCUUUCAGCGUGCUCACGAAGACAGAAAAGUGAGAUUUGGUUUUCACCCGAAUAUGAAUGUUGUUUUUACCCACCAGCAGACUGUAAUCAUUUUUUGCCACCGACGUCACGGAUAUCUAGGAAACACUAGAACUGUAUACGAUAAUUAUUUUGGUGGAAAAAGGAACCCAACGAUUCACAUUACUACCGCCAUUUAUGGCAUCUCUUUCUUUGUCGUCGGAUAGCAACGUCAAUUGAUUCGGCAUCAUUAAGGCACCAGAGUGUGCAAGAAGACGGUGUGUGGCGGCGAAGAAUGAACCAUGAGCUCGCCCAACUCUACGGCGAACCCAGUAUCCAGAAGGUAGCUAAAGCCGGAAGGGUACGAUGGGCAGGACAUGUUGCAAGAAUGCCGGACAGCAACCCUGCAAAGAUGGUGUUCGCUUCCGAUCCGGCAGGUACGAGACGGCGUGGAGCGCAGCGAGCGAGAUGGGCAGACUAGGUGCAGAACGACUUGGCGAGCGUGGGGCGUAUCCGAGGAUGGAGAGAUGCGGCCUCGAACCGUGCAUUGUGGCGUCAAAUUGUUGAUUCAGUGUUAUCUGUUUAGAUGUUAACUAAAUAAAUGAAAUGAAAUGAAAUGAAGGCACCAGAGUCAGCGGAAGCUGGGCAUUGAACUGCUCAGCAGAUGACGGCAUCCCGCCGAUCGAAUUUAUGCCACGGCGACCCAUCUCUUUGUCAACAAACGAAGAUUUUACCGCGGCCUGCGAGACCUGCUGCUUUUUCGAACCGUAGUUCAUCCGAACUACGAUCGGCGAUGACCCGUGUCCAUCGCCUGGCCGCGAUGACGACUUAGUCGACUGCUCCUUUCCCAGGCCGUUGGCGGACACAUCAAAAAUACUAGCUAACUAGCAUUUUUUUAAAGAGCAAAAAAACGAUGUAUACAGACCGAGCGCGUGUUCUGGUUAAGCAUUUUCACAGCUUUUUUUUUGUCUUUAUUAGCGAGACUUUCAGCAAAGGGUGCGGUAAGAUGCGCGGCUAAAAAAAGGCCAAUCCUGAAGGUGGGUUGACAUUUUUGUGGGCAUAAAUGUAUCAUCUUGUUAGCCUCGUGAUAUUCAAAUUCUAAAAUGGCAAAUGGGCUUAGAAACCUCGCAGUUAACAAAUGUGGAAAAACUUGAGGAACACUAAGCUGCAAGGCAUUAAUAUUCCAGUGUAGGAGGAGGGGGUGGUAUAAUGCCAAUAAGAAGAAGAAUUUCAAAGUUUCUGAGCCUUGUGGCCACUUUCGUGUGAUUUCGUGAUUUCGUGAAAUCGAAAGAAAAUUCAAGCCAUGGCCAGAAUUUAAAUUCAGUCACGUUCAAUCUGGUCUUCUCUGUAGCCGCGCUUUUACUUGAAUGAAUCGGUAGGAAUGCAAUGCAAGUCGGAUAGAGAAAAGAAGCGAGGAUAGAAAAAGCGGUACUUAGGUCCAAUUUGAUUAAUACAAUU